GCGGGGCUCGGCUGGGCGCGGAGCGGGCGCGGGGGAAGAUGGAAGGAGCGUCCUUCGGAGCGGGCCGGGCGGGGGCGGCCAUCGACCCCGUGGAUUUCCUCAAGCAGCCGCAGACCCUCCUCCGGGUCACCACCUGGAUCUUCUCCAUCGUGGUGUUUGGCUCCAUCGUGAACGAGUGCUAUGUGAACAAGGACAGCCAGCACCCCGAGCUGCUCUGCAUCUUCAACGAGAAUGAGAGCGCCUGCAGCUACGGCAUCGCCGUGGGCGUCAUCGCCUUCUUCGGCUGCAUCUUCUUCUUCGUGCUGGACCUGCACUUCCAGCAGAUCAGCAGCGUCAAGGACCGCAAACGGGCCGUGCUGCUGGACCUGGGCUUCUCAGGUUUCCUGGCCUUCCUGUGGUUUGUGGCCUUCUGCUUCCUGGCCAACCAGUGGCAGAGGACGACGCUGACGCGGGGCUUCGCGCAGGGCGCGGACGCGGCGCGGGCGGCCAUCACCUUCUCCUUCUUCUCCAUCAUCAUCUGGGUGGUGCUGGCGCUGCGGGCGCUGCAGCGGUACCGCCUGGGCACGGACAUGUCGCUGUUCGCCACCGAGCAGUUCGGCACCGAGCCCAGCGCCUCCUACCCCGGCUACCCCGGCGGCAGCGGCGUGGAGAGCACGGAGACCUACCAGAGCCCGCCCUUCACCGAGACCUUAGAGGCCAACCCCAAAGGUUACCAAGUGCCAGCGUACUGAGGGGCUGCGGCGGGGCCACCCCCGCCCUGUCCCCGCUGUCCCCAGCCCCGUUUCCUUGCCGUGGCGAGUCAGUGCCGGGUCCCUUUAUUAGCUCGUUGUGCAGUGAAUUCUGUA